AUGUUCAUGCUGCUGUGGCCCGGCGGCAGUUGUUUGAGUUCCUGCAGAAGAAUCUUGAGGAGAAGACGGAGGCUCUGCAUGAGCUUAUCGAGAAGGACUUGGAGGAACGCUUUAUCCGAUCGCCUGAUGAGUCUACGGACCCAGCAGCGCCCGGUGGAGAUCCUUCGUCCUCUACCCCACUGGCUGGUGACACUACCAUGACGAGUGCAGUGGACAUCGGACUGGCGACCGACACUACAGCACCCUGGCCACGGCGACCGAACGAUGAGGAUCUUGAGGCGUUCCGCAGUAAAUUUAGCGAGUUCCGCAGCUACGUGACGAACUAUCAUCAUGUGACGGAGAAGUUCCUACACCAAAUUCUCACCGACAUAAAGGACAAGAAUAUUGCACUGUGA